AUGGGCGGAAGUGAAGUCAAAGCGAGCAAGCUGGUGGUAAAGCUCGGCAUGCACAGCAAGUUCAAGGCGGAAGAAAACUCGCGCCAGAGAAUAUUUCGGUUUCGUCUUUCGUGGUUCACCCCGGCUACAACCACUUGCGGGGCGACUUCAAGGACGACAUCGCCCGCCCUGAUCGUUUUGCGCGACGAGGCCAAAUUCAACGAUUUCGUGAUGCCGAUUUGUCUGUGGAACGAAAAUUACAACCUGAAGCGAAUCGCCAACAAGACGGGCACGGUGGUCGGCUGGGGCUACACUUUGGACCACCAGCAGCAGGACAUUCUGCAGGAGGCGCAGAUCAAAGUGGUCUCAUACGAGGAGUGUUAUGAAAGCAGCAGACUCUUCUUUUCGGUCAACAUGCGACCCAGGGAAAACUUCUGCGCCGGAUUUCCGCAAAACCGGAGCGGGGAGUGCAACGGCGACAGCGGCGGCGGCUUCGUGAUGAAGAGCGAGGGGCGGUUCUUCCUGCGCGGGGUGGUGAGUUCGGGCCGGUCGAGGGAGGUGGCGGCGGAGGGUGGCGCCAGGGUGGUCACGUGCAACCCCAAGUACUUGGCCCUCUUCACGGACGUGACCAACUUCAUGGCCUGGAUCGUGCGAAACACGCCCGACUUCCCUCCCCUCCCCCCGCCCCCUGAAAACCACCCCGAGACUUCCGAAAGACCUGCAACCGGCAACACAACAAAAAUAACAAAAUUCCCGCCGCAGACGUUUUGGGAUGGACUCUUUUCUUUGAUUCUGCAGCAUUUCGAUUUGAAAACAAUCAAUUAA